CAAAUGAUUUGCACUUCUUUGAUACAUUCUUUGUUUUAUGCUUUUAUUUUUAUCCCACUAUACAUGUUUACAAAUUUAGGACCUUCCAUAAGAAGGUUUUAUAGCAUCAAAAACAUGUUAAAAAUAAAAAAAAGCAUAAAGGAUAUGUAUUUUAAUUACUGUCUAUGUGAUUGAUAUGUGUAGAACAGCACUAUUGUUACACAAAAGCUUUAAGAUUUGAAAGGUUGUGUUGUGCAUUAAGCUGGUGUCAAGAGUCAAAGUCUUUCUUUAACACAAUAAUUAGUGGUGCCAAUAUUGUAAUGUUGCUUGCAUCAAUCUCUGUACAUUCUGAAUUAUAUCUUGGGGUUCUUUUCCAGCUGUUCUGAUCGUAUGCCAAUAAUCCCAGUUUUCCAGUAAUGCAAGGCAUUUAUUUUAAAGAACAAACAUGAUCACAAUAAUAUGAUUAUCAAACCUAAUUCAGUUCUAUUUUUUUUUUAGAUUUAUGGCAUUAAUUGAUGCAAAAAGUUUGCACAAUAGUUAAUUUGACCUCUUGUUUUGUAAAUAUUGUGAUUUGAUUUUGUAAAUAAAUAUGCUAAAUAAAUGUAGCGUUUUCAAAGUAUUGCAACAAACGUGGGUCCAGAUUUAUUAACACAGUUACGAUUUUUGAAGAAGAAGAAGAAGAAGGAGAAUCGUUAGGAAAUAAACUUGAAGGUACCCUGACGACACAGAAAUGUUGUUGUUGUUGUUGAUGAGGUUUAUGACCACAAGAUGUCGUCAAGGAGUCAGGAAUAGCAGUGUAACUGCUGCCGCUGCGUAAUGAGGUCUAGCUAUCCACAGCUGACUCUAUUUUCCUCAGCAACGAGAACCGCUGGAUCCGCUGCAUUAUUUUAGAGAGCUCUCUUGCUUUGCCUGUCUCAACUAAGUCAGGAUAUUCGUAUAAGAUUAGACUUCAGUGGAGUGUGAUGGAUGAAAAGCGCAGAGCAUCCUGUCAGUAUGGAUCCCUGGAAUGCACGAAAUUGAAAACAGAUGUGGACCAAACAGAGGCAGAUGUGGUCUCAAUGGCAGACUCUACUAUCACAGUGGGAGACAUAGAGGGGGAACUCUAUAAGAUUGAACGGAUCAGAGACAUUUUGAUCAGGAGGGAAUCUGAGCUGAGAUACAUGAUGGAUGAUAUCCAGUUAUGUAAAGAAAUUACAAGACUGAAGAAAGAGCUUCAAAAGCUUUUAUCUAUCCCAGAUAAUGACAAGUCUAACGAAGACAAACAGAAGGAGGAAGAGCUUCUGAAACAGAUUCAUAAAUUAGUGGAGGCCAGAGACUUUUUAGUAGAUGACGUGGAGUUUGAGCGUCUCAGGGAACGGGAGGAGGACAAAGAAAUGGCUGAAUAUCUUAAGUCCAAACUACCAAAAAGCUCUCAAACCAAGAGUGUUGCUCGCAGUGGGAGAAGGCCGCCCAGAGCCCAGCAGACUACUCCCUUUGUAACCAAGACAGGCCUCACUUUGCUGAAAGAGUGCUGUGGAUUCACCUGCUCUAUAAUGUAGAAGACACACUUUCGGCAGUGACAGCAGGAACACAAUGCAAUUCUGGAGCCUUGGAUGAGGAUGACCUUUUAAUGACACUUUCAAUGAAAGGUUUCUGAAAGACAAAGAUAUGAAGUUGUCUGUUAAGGAAUAGCAGUUUAAGAACACUCUUAUAUUGUUUCACAUUCUUUCAUAUUUUUCCACACCCAUUUGCUCCCUUUUUACCUAACUCUCAUUUUUCUUUGAAAAAUGCUGUUUCAGCUCAGCUGGCUUGCUUUCAUUCCCUACCCUUAUCUUUUCCCUCAUGAGACAUUGCUACAGCACUGCAGUACCUGUGACUUCAUCAUCUAUAAAUGCUCAAGUUUCAGUAGUGGUUCAAUUUAGACUGCUGCUUCUUAGCCAAGCUAGGCUCAUUGGAAAUAUGUGCCUGUGGCAACAUUUAUGCGAAAUAACAUUAUGUUGCUUCAUGCAUUUUUUCACAACACAUUGAAAGUCAAAUGUUCCAGUGAGUUGUGCUAACUGGACAUUCAGUUUUAUCUGAAACAGAUGAACAUGAAUCUGGCGCAGUUUUAUUAUGUUGGUUUUUAUACAUAUGGUGGCAGUUUGGAAAUUAAAUGUCAGUGAGUUGCAUUAAAAUGUUCUAUCAUAUGUGCAAAUAACGUACCACUUCCCUAAAUUUAACUGAUAGUGUUAACAAAAAGUAAAUAUGAGAUAAAAAAAAAAAACACUCACUGAAGGAACAAUGCCAUUUAAUCUUGCUUCUAUAAGUCCUUGAGCUCAUUUAUUGUGAUUGUGUUUCCACAUUGUAAAUACAAUGCUGUACCAGGUGAGCUAGUGAGCAAGUUUACUAUGCCAGAAAAUCUAUAUAUGGAGCUGAUUAUAUGAUGCAAACAUCAAAAAGUAUUAGUUUACACAGUAUUUUUCAAGGAACCCUGCACAAGACUUUAUUAAUCAAUAAUCUGCCCCCUUAAUCAUUAUUUGGGUGAAAAUGAAUAAAAGUUAUCUGUGUUUUACUGCUUUAUAUUUAUGCUGGAAACUGCAGUGAAUUUUUCAAUGAUCCUGGGUUGUGCUUAAUCCAUGUACAGUGGCUAAUGAGACGUUUGCACCACUGGUUGAACAAUUAAGCUAAUUUAGCUCUUUUAUUAUGUUACAACAAUUUCCAUAAUUGACAAUAUAACCGUUUUCUCAGCAGAUAUAUUCACAUGAGCGCAGGCGCUUGCACAAAAUGAAUUAAAUGAAGAACAUUUCAUUCAGGUGAACAUCAUCUAAUAGAACCACACACCAGGAGCCUGUCCUUUCCACAGCUUGAAGUCCAGCAUGUCUCACAGUGCCAAAGCACGUUGUUUAUGUUCUCUGGUGAAGUGCUUUCAACAAUGUCAAGGGCUCUUCUCUGUGGAGACAAGGCUCCAUAGCAACCAGCGCAUAGAACAAUUCAUCUUUAGUGGCUUUUUAGAAGAUAAAAAUCUCAUUAAUCAGGAGUCAAUUCACACAUUUAUAGAGCAUAUCUGUAGAUGGUAAUGGAAAAGAUCAACAUGCCAUUACGGCCAGGUGAACCUAAAGAUAAAACUAAACACUUUGGAUUUUGUUUGCACAAGUGCAGGACUCCACUAAAACGUAUCAAUAAUUCAACUAAUCAGCUUUGACCUUGAAUGUAAUUACAGUAUGCAUAUCAGUUUAUUAAUUUUAUGUUGCGGGAUUAAUUACGGUAUUAAGCAUUAUGUAGGCGUUGUGUUAAGGAGCCUUUUAAUUAGUAUGUUAGACUGCUGUGGCUCACAGCUCUCAGCAGUGAGCAUUGUGAGUAGAAACCCCUGUUGACUCUAGUCUUAGUGAGUAUUUAUCGCUAGUUAAAGGUCGUUCCUGCCACUCAUACGUUAAUCACCUGACUGCAAAUCUGUCUCUUCAGAGUGGACUGCUCACAUCUGCUCAUUAAUCUGAAGGGUAUAUUUCUCAAACAUGAAAUGAGCUGAUUUUGUUUGCUGAACUUGAAAAUUUCCAUUUGCUUGUAUCUUGUACUUUAUGGUUUACAUAUGAAAAUGAUACAGUGUGCCAUUGGUUUAUUAUUAUACACUGAAUUGUGAGAUCUAUUCAUGUUUUCCCUUGAUAUAAAUUGCACCCGAAAUCAACCCGAUCUCAUGGGGAAUUUGUGUGAAUUCGAUUUUUACAUAAACGUGAUUUUAGAGGGGGGAAAGUAGGCUUAGCAUGAAGGUAUACCCCAUAACCUUUAAAGGGGUAAUAUGAUGUUGCUAAAAAGAACAUUAUUUUGUGUAUUUGGUGUAAUGAAAUGUUUAUGCAGUUGUAAGUUUCAAAAAACAUUAUUUUCCACAUACUGUAAAUUAU